CAGAAACCCACCACCGCAACACCUGCGCUCCGGCCUGCUCUCUCUUUCAAACAGCUUCGUGUGUCGUUGCGCCGCGCAUAGUUCCAGCGCCAGCUCGGCACUGAAGAAUCUGGUGACCGGCCGGGAUCGAGAGCCAAGCUCGAGCAGGAACGGAGAGCGCGCGGAUAUAUAUAGCUAUGAUGAUGAUGAUGAUGGACAGGCAGCUCGUCAGGCAAUGCGACAUGGAGGUCAUGAGGAUGGCCAUGCUCAAGCACGAAGAGACCUUCCGGCAGCAGGUUCACGAGCUGCACCGCCUGUACCGCAUACAGAGGGAGCUGAUGAGCGACCUAAUAACGACCCGAUACGACGACGAGCCGCUGCUGCUGACGACCGCCGGCCGGCGCAGCAAGCAGCCGCGCCGGGCGCUGGACCUGCAGCUGCCAGCCGACGAGUACAUCGUCAGCGCCGACGAGGAGUCGGACGCCGCCGGCGCGGAGCUGGAGCUGACGCUGGCCGUCGGCGGGCGCUGCGCAGCCGGCGGCGGCCGGCGCAAGAGCAACAGGCGCCGGAGGCAAUUAGCAGAGCGGCAGCAGCGCGACAACAACGACGCCGCCGCCGCCGGCGGCGGCUCCUCGCCGUUCGGGUCCGACUGCUCCGGCGCGAGCGCCCUGUCGUCGCCGCCGCCUUCGUCGGCCGAGUACUACUCCGACGACGGGCCGGCGGCGGCGGCGUGCCAGAGGGCCGUUGCGUUCGACCUUGGAGGAGAAGGCGACGGCGUGAUGAGGCAGCAGCACGCGCCGUGGCUGGCGCAGUGCCAGCAGUACCUCAGCCUGAGGAUGACAUGAGUGAAGCUGCAGGCCUGCAGCGCGCUGCUCGCCGCCGUCCAUGUCGAUGUCCAUGUCGCUAGCUGUACCAGGUUGCGUUUGUGUUGUAGCUUGUAGGAGCAGCAGUACGUACUAGCCACUAGUGUUUUUUUUAUCUAUCUAUUCCUUUUUUUUUUGCCCUUUGUGUUUGCUAUAUGUCCUAGCCGUGGCCAAUGGAGUCCGGGAAGAAGGCCUGCAGUUAAUGAGUGCAUCCUAAUCCUGAUUCCUGAUCCAAAGAUGUUAAUUGAUCAUGGCUAUAUAGCUAAUGAGUUCAUCCUGAUUGAUUAA